UCAAAGGGUCUGCUUUGGUUCCUUCACCAAGCAAAGGGUUCCUUCCAAUUUUCCCACAAAAGAGACUACUGAAGAAGUAGCAGUUUGGUUUUGAUAUGCUUAGGAGACACCUAAAUUGGAUGUGAAUUCGAGCCGAAUUCGAUGGUUUGUGAAAUGGAGAUCGUUAAUAUUGAAGAAAUGGCAAUGGAGAUGGAGGAAGUUCUGCCUUCUAUGUGGCCUGAGGAUAUAGAUUCCGAUAAGCAAUUCAACAUCGAAAAGCCAGGACAAGAUCAAGACAUGUUGGAGGAGGUAACAUUGAAAGAGAAACCGACUAACGUGGAUUUCAAGCGGCUCUUUGAGCUAACCAAGAACACAGAUACAGGCUCUUCCCAAUUGGCAAACCUUGUAAAGCACUGGGAAUACAAGCAGGCGAAUGUCGUGCGCCUUCUGCAAGAAGAACUUGACAUACUCAGCAAGCAAAAACAGGAAGUUGAGCUCAAGAAAUUAGAGAUAUUGGAAGAGCACCGUUUCGAGUCAGAGAACUACGGCGGUGACAAACGCCCCAUUUCCAUUUUGGACGAAGUGUAUCAGUUAUGGGCGCCAGAUGUUCCUCUAAAGAAGCUUGAUGUUGUUGUGGAGAGUAAGAGAGUCGAGACAGAAGCCGAGUACGACAGUGUUGUGUACUGGAAACAAAGGGCUAUGAAUUUGGAGAAGUUGUUGGAGGCAAGUGUUGUGAGAGAGCAGAUUCUGGUCGAACAAUUGCAGGAAAGCAUUAAGAGUAUUGAAAGACAGUCAUCGCCGGUUGAAGAAUUGUCUGAGAUUCUGAAAAGAGCAGAUAAUUUCUUGCAUUUUGUACUUCAAAAUGCACCUGUUGUUAUUGGUCAUCAGGAUAAAGAAUUGCGGUAUCGCUUUAUCUACAAUCACUUCCCAAGUCUGGGAGAGCAAGAUAUUAUAGGGAAAACAGAUGUUGAGAUUUUCACUGGGGCUGGAGUUAAGGAAUCUCAAGACUUCAAGAGAGAGGUUCUGGAAAAAGGGAUACCGGCGAAAAGGGAGAUUACAUUUGAGACUGAAUUAUUUGGUUCAAAGACGUUUCUGAUAUAUGUGGAACCUGUUUUCAACAAGGCAGGGGAGACAAUUGGUAUAAAUUAUAUGGGGAUGGAGGUGUCUGAUCAGGUGAGGAAAAGAGAGAAGAUGGCAAAGCUUCGUGAGGAAAUAGCUGUCCAAAAGGCCAAGGAAACAGAGCUAAACAAGACAAUUCACAUAACGGAGGAGACAAUGCGAGCAAAACAGAUGCUGGCAACAAUGUCUCAUGAGAUACGGUCUCCUCUUUCUGGGGUUGUCAGCAUGGCCGAGAUUCUUACCACCACGAAACUUGACCGCGAGCAACGGCAGCUGUUAGAAGUCAUGUUAUCUUCAGGAGAUUUGGUCCUCCAACUGAUAAAUGACAUCCUUGACCUUUCCAAGGUUGAGUCAGGAGUGAUGAAGUUGGAGGCUACAAAGUUCCGGCCAAGACAGGUGGUUAAGCAUGUACUACAGACUGCGGCAGCAUCAUUACAGAAAGUUUUGACCUUGGAAGGACAUAUUAUGGAGGAAGUUCCUGUGGAGGUCAUUGGAGAUGUUUUAAGGAUUCGUCAAAUCCUAACCAACUUGAUCAGUAAUGCAAUCAAGUUUACUCAUGAAGGAAAAGUUGGGAUUAAACUUUACAUGGUAGAGGAUCCAACUUCUGGAUUUAAGAGCGAGGCCUCAAUGAAUGGAGAUAAAGAAGGGGAACCUCAUUCAUCUGAAACAAAAACAGUGUGGUUACGAUGUGAUGUGUAUGACACAGGAAUUGGAAUACCAGAAAAUGCUUUGCCGACCCUUUUUAAAAGAUACAUGCAAGUGAGUGCUGAUCAUGCUCGAAAAUAUGGCGGGACAGGAUUAGGACUAGCAAUAUGCAAACAAUUGGUUGAACUAAUGGGGGGACAACUCACCGUGUCUAGCCGAGUAAACUGUGGCUCAACAUUCACAUUCGUAUUACCUUACAAGGUUUCAACAUCGUCUGAAAAUUCUGAUGAUCCUGAUGAGUUAACGGAUAUGGAUGAUGCUGUAACUGAUGAUGAAGUAGCUGAGAGCUACUUCCAGUUCCAACCACGCACUUUGGGUUCUCUGUUCUCUUCUAAUAGCACCAGCAGGACUCAAAAACUGCUACCACAUAAGCUCAAUGGAUUGUCACAAAAUGCAUACUCGUUUCCAUAUAAUAACAUCAGGCCAGAGGAGACAGCUUCAGUUGAAAAUUGCUGUUCAACAGUUGAUGAUGUCGCUGAGACAUUAUCAGAACCAGAGAGUUCAGUGAGUCACACCUCAAAUUCUAAAUGCAAAACUCCAGCUGGUAGAGACAGAAAAGGUCAAGAUGACUCAAACAGUCAAUCUCAAAAUUCUUCAUCAGAUUCAAAUCAACAUAUAGAGGCAAGUAGACACAAUGGUGUUGUAGCAAAGACAAGAGAACCACAAGGAACGUGUAAGAGACAAGAGAAACCAGAUGCAGACUCCGAAUGUAGCUCUGGCAACAGUUCGAAGAUACCUAAAUCAACCUCAAAACCUAAGAUCCUUCUUGUUGAAGAUAACAAGAUCAACAUCAUGGUGGCACAGUCGAUGAUGAAGCAGUUAGGCCAAAGCAUAGAGGUUGUGAACAACGGAGCUGAAGCUGUCCGCGCAGUUCAGCGCUAUAGAUAUGAUCUCAUUCUUAUGGAUGUUCAUAUGCCAGUUAUGGACGGUCUACAAGCUACAAGAAUAAUACGCUCUUUCGAAGAAACUGGCAACUGGGAAGCUGCAGAGAAAGCUGGAAUUGAGCAAUCUGUGCCUUGUUCAAAUACACUACAAAACGGCCAUGGACCUUGUGGAAAGCGAAUCCCAAUCAUUGCGAUGACAGCAAAUGCAUUUUCAGAGAGCGCAGAGGAGUGUUUUGCAAAUGGGAUGGACUCGUUUGUGCCCAAACCAGUAACGUGUCAAAAACUGAAAGAGAGGCUUGAACAAUAUCUCCCAGAUUGCAACCUAGUGUAA